AUGCAGAAUAUUCCUGUUGAUAAUACAAAUUUCAGUGAAAAUUCCUCAUUAAAAUGCAAAUCAUCUAAAGAAAUUGGAAUUUUAAAGGAACAUUUAGCAGGAGUUAGGAAAACUGCUUUAGAAUUAGAGUCAACGAUUCAAUUGAAAGAUUCUCAUGUGGAUAAAGUACGACGAGAUAAUGAGAGAUUAUUACAAGAAUUGAAAAAGCAGCAAAGAACGAACAAAAGUAUAAAACAACAACUGGAUGAUGAGAGAUAUUUUUAUCAAAAAGAAAAAGAUCAUUAUCAACGGGAAUUGGAAAAUUACAGGAAAAAAUACUCGGGAAGUAUUUCAAAAUUUCAUUAUGAUGAAUGUGAGAAAAUGAAAAUUCAUUUUGAAAAUGAAAAUUCUAAUUUAAAAAAUAAAUUAAACGAUAAAAGUCAAGUAAUCUAUAAUCUUUGUGUAAAAUUUUUACGUAUGAAAAUAAUUAAAGAAAAAGUUGAAAAAAAAUUAGAUCGUCUCACUAAUGAGCAUUUUCAAUUAAUGUCAGAGAUGAUGGAAAAAUUGGAUGAAGCACAAGAGGAACUCAAGUUAAUUUUUUGUGAUGAAUUUCUUGAAAAAUUGCCAAUUGAUAAAUUAAAAUAUCUUCAGAUUGUAAAAAGAAACAGUCGUCUAAUCCAUGAGAAUACAUUAUUGAAGUUACAAAUUCAGCAUCUUUUGCAGACAAUCGAUAAAUUUAGGAAUGAGUCAGAAAAUUCAAAAACAGAAAAAAUUGAUCCUAAAACAGUUGAUAAAUUACUAGAACGUGAGAGAAAAACACAUUACGUUUGUUUCAGACCGUUUAGGGAGAAAAUCGAGACUCAACUUUAUUCUAAUAUGGAAACUUGCCGGCGUGUUGUCGAUCAAUCGGGUGACGCUAACUUGGUAACGAAACUUGAUGAAAAACAUUGUAAUCAACUUUUGGAAAUGGAAAAAGAAUUUUCAAAGUCUAAUCAUGAUUCUCGGCAUUUCAUUGGUUCAGAAAUUCAAUUCACUCAAAGUUCACCGGCAAUCGUUCAAUCUUCAAUAUUUCAGCAAAAUAUUUUAUUUUGA